CAGGAGAGGCGCGCAUUUGGCCUCCGGCUCCUUCCCGGACUCAGUCACUGCAGCAAUCAGUGACGGUGCCCCCGCAGCCUUGCGCCUCCGAGCCUCCGCAGUGGCUGCGGGGACUGUAGUUACGCCGCUGAAAUGCAGGCUUGAAGCCAGAAAGCCUGUUAAUUCAUGAGUGUCCCAGUUUAAAGCAAUAGUAUUGUGAUGCCCUAACUAUGGAAAGUGCCAUUGUGUCCACAAGGACCCCUAUGCAACAAUAAUACUAUCUUGGGCGGAUCUAAUAUGGCUUGUGCUGGCUAGUGUGACAGUUGGAGGUCACAUGCAGCUCCAGAGAGAGGCUGGCUCAUGCUGGCUAAUGUGACAGUUGGCAGCAGUUGGAGCGGCCAUCUUAGGUAGGAGUACGAAGAGGGGAGUGGUGAUAAAGCUCUUCCCCUGGAGUGAACUGUUGGCAACUUACCCCAGACGUCUAUCUCAGAUAUGGGCUUCUUGACAUUCACAGCGUUUUUUAUCAUUACAAUCUUCUGGCAACAGGUUGAUUGUGCUACAACAGCAAGUACAGCCCAUACUUUAAGUUCGACAACCGACCACAAUACAUCCAGCAAAGGUCUCAGAUGCCCAGCAAACAGUCAGCUUGGGAUGGUUUCAGAUUGUGACGAGACCUGUGACACUAUGCUUUUCGAUUUCAAAUGCUCGGGUGAACGGGUGGAAGGAUGUAUAUGUACUCAAGGACAGUAUGCACAGAGCGGGACUUUUGGUGAAUCUGUAGUCUGUGUCACCUCUGAUAAGUGUGAGGCAAAGUGUGGCCCUAAUAUGCAUUAUGAGAAGGAGGCAUCAGGCUGUCAAGCAACCUGUGAUCAUCGACAUCACAAAAUAUGUUUGAAACCCCAUUCUCGAAAAUGUGUUUGCGAUGCCGGGUAUAUCCUGGAUCACAAACAUGAAGAGAAAUGUGUAAAAGAAGAUGAGUGUUAGCAAUAAUGACUUCAUAUACUUCUCUUACCCUGCACCCCCCUCAUCCCCAACGUUCCCAUCCACACUAUAGCAGGCUGAGUACAUUAUCAUGUGUAAUGGGUUUAGGGGUACAUUUACUAAGCAGUUAUAAGAGCGGAGAAGUGAGCCAGUGGAGAAGUUGCCCCAUCAACCAAUCAGCAGCUCUGUAUAAUUUUAUAGCAUGCAAAUUAUAGAUGUUACUUCAGUGCUGAUUAGUUGCCAUGGGAAACUUCUCCACUGGUUCACUUCUCCGCUCUUAUCACUGCUUAGUAAAUGUCCCCCUUAGUAUGAAAUACCUACAAUCAAAAUCCCGACGGUCAAAAU